AUGUCAUCCUUCCUCUUCUGCCUCGUAUUUGCCUUUUUGUUAUCAUGGAGGCUCAGUUUGGCUGCUAUACCAUUCACCAUAAUGUUCAUUGUCCCCGGACUUGGAUUUGGAAAGAUGCUGAUGGAUGUGGCAAUGAAGAUGAUAGAGUCUUAUGCAGUCGCCGGUGGAUUUGCAGAACAAGCAAUUUCCUCAUUCCUAACUGUAUAUUCCUAUGUUGCCGAGAAUGAAACCAUCGAGAAGUUCAGCCACGCACUGCAAAAAAACCCUAUGGAGUUGGGAAUAAAGCAAGGUUUUGCAAUAGCCUUAAUGAUGGGGAGCAUGGGAUUUCAAGCUUGGGUUGGAUCUCUUCUUGUUCGCAGAAAAGGAGAAAAGGGUGGAGACAUUUUUGUAGCCAGAUUCAACGUUCUCAUGGGAAGAUUAAAAAUUUUGAUUGCCCUUCCAAUCUCACUGCCUUUGCGGAAUCAAAGGCUGCUGCUACUCGUAUUAUAG